AUGACACCACCACCUACUGGAUUUUCUAGAGACUCAGCAUCCUUUUAUGCUUCAUCCAAUGGUCCUUCCAAUAGACCAUUCUCUGCUUCAUCUUCUAGCAAUGGUCUCUCUCAGCAUAAACCACAAUUUUACCCUCAGAAAGUAAAUUUUGAUCUAAGAAAAUCUAGUUCUCCAACAAACUCCUCCUUAUAUUGCAAGUACUGUAAAAGAACUGGUCAUGUUAUGGAGAAGUGUCACAGAUUACAUGGCUAUCCUGCUGAUUUCAAGUUUACAAAGAACAAGAGAUCAAAUGACAGGACUGCUGCUUGCGUACAAAUUGACACUCCUCCUUCUAAUAAAUCUGUCACCCCUAUGAAUUCCCUAGUGUUGCCAGUGCUGAUUUUACUCCAUAUGGGUUCAGCCCAGAGCAAUACCAACACAUUAUGCAUCUAUUCCAACAGCCACAAGGUUCAUCUACAGACCAAGUUGGCUUUGCCAAUUUUGCAGGGCCCUUCUUUAAAGAGGCCACUGGAAAUUGGUAGAGCAACACAUGGUUUAUAUCUUUUGCUGUCUGAUUUACUUCCAGAUUCUACUAUUGUUCAUUCCAUUUCCAAUAUUCCAGCUGUGCCUCAUGGAACCUCUGAUCUUGUUUGUAAUAGUUCUUCAUCUAUAAAUCCAAGUACUGUUUGUGAUGAAUCCACUAUUACUUGUAAUGUUUCUGUUCUUCCUUGUAAAAAUCAUGAUGUUGUUAAUAAAGUGGAUUUGUUUUGGUAUUAA